CCGUGAAUAUCAAUUCAUAAUAUUUGUAGCUGUCGGGUUCAACAAAUUAACAUUGUGCUUAUUAAGAAAUUACGAAGUGGGUUUCUUUUUAGAUGGUGCGCCUCUGUUUCAAGCUCACGGGCACUUAAUAGCAGAGAAUGAUGACGAUGUACAGAAGAGGAACUUCCCUUCGAGAAUCGUUCUUAGAUGUUUUGGCGAGGAGAUCGACGUUUAUUAGUAGGGUGUAUAGGUUGAAAGGACAGUACCUUUUCCGAGCUAGUACGAGACUGGUCUUAGAGUACAUUGAAUGGUUGACGGAAGUGCCAGUGGUCGAGGAAAUAAGUGACGAUGUGGCAGUUAACAUCCGAAUGGCUCAGCAGAAGAAAGUAGAAAAGAAAGGUUUGUCCCUUGAGGAUCGUUCUACGCUUCUGAUUAGACCGUCUCAAAGGACAUCCGUGGAAAAAGCGUACAUAUUCGAAUUGUUCAAGAAAUUUCACGCGUUCCGAAAGUAUCCGGAUAAUUUAAAGGAAUCUGUGGCAGGUGUCUGCCUCUAUCAGUACUUAAGACCUGGUAGAGUGAUCGUACGGCAAGGUCGUGAAGCCGAGAAUCUCUAUUUCAUAGUAAAUGGAGAAGUCAGCCUAUCGAGGACAGUUACCGACCGCUGGACGAAUGAGACUAAAGAAAUUGAUAUGGGUGUUUUAACUGCUGGCGACAUAUUUGGUGAAAUUGCAUUACUGCAUGAGGUACCAAGAACUGCAACAGUAACCACUAAGACUACGGUAGAUCUGUUCCUCAUACCCGAAGCAAGCUUCAAUACGAUCCUCCGACGUCAUUUAACGAGCGAAUGGGACGUUUUGCAAGAUGCCUUGGUCCACUUUAAUUACUUUGAAACAUGGGACCGGGUCACCGUGCGAGAAUGCUGUAUUUUAAGCAGAAUGAAAGACUUCCGGCCUGACGAGGUCUUAUUAGGUGACGGCAAAGGAAUGGUUAAUUACGUCCAUUUUGUACUGGAGGGUGAAUGUCGUCUUAUAGAGCAUAUGACUGUGCGCGAGCAAUUCAUGCCCGAUGGAAACGUAUUUUACGAAUUGUACGACCCCAAGGCGUCUAUGAUGCUGGAACAGUCCGAAUCGUCGAAAGGAAAAAUCCUCGACAAAUACAAAUUAGAUUCAAAGACAGGCACCAACGGCGGAGAGCAUACCUCGACUUUGGAACUAUUACGCAUGACGGAACGAUCAAGAUUACUCGCUGAACAAGUCGACCAGGAUCGUUCUAGUAUCAUUACGACUACGCUGUUGGACGUCGUACACGAAUGGCACAAAAUUACGGACGUGGUAGAGAUGCUGAUGAGACCACCGUCAACGAUUUCUCAGCAACGUUAUCCGAGAGACGUUCGAACAAUUUUUAUGCAAAUUUGCACGUUUGAAAGAGGCGCCUGCUUCGGUCUAGGCGAAAACAUGCAUAAUCGGAGGAUUGUGUGCACGAGGAACAUGCGAUGCUUCUUGGUACCACGUUACUUCUUGAACGAACAUAAUCGAGCGAACAUUUGGGAGCACGUGAAACUUUUCAUGGAUUCAAAAUAUCCGACGAGGAAGGAGUUGUUCACGAAAUUUGUCCGGGAUCGAAAAUGGAGGCAACACAAGAAGCAGCUGGUCCAGACGAUUUGCAAACAAGGUAGACGUCUGCGUAGCAAUAUAACUAUACACGACGUGCCCUAUUCUAUAAGAAUCGAGAACGACGUGGGAAUAUAAAGAAAUUAGUUAAUCGGCGAACCAUCCAGAACCUGAUGUUUUAUAGAUAAAUCUUUUAUUUUUCAUAGUUCCGUAUAAAAUAGUUUAUGAUUAAUAAAUCUUCUUAUUCGAGUGUCUCUACGUAGAAAAAUAUUUCGAUACAAAUAUGAAACACCUCGCCGACAUUGAAACGUUACACGUCUUUGGUCGCAGUAUACACUGAUAAAUUUCUCGAAACUUGUUAAUCGAUAACGCUAAACCCUGUGACAAAAACUCGCGUUACAGUGAGUAUUAAGUACUGAUUAGCAAGUCCGUGCUCAUCCAUACAGAACUUGUUACUGAUCAAAGCGAUUCGAUUCGAAUCGACGCUUUUAGAAGCAGUGGUUCUAUCUUUGACAGUUAAUAAGUACGUGGUCAAAAGCAUUUAUAUUAAACCCUUAUCGUUAUGUAAACGCCUAUGUAAAUAUCUUCAUGGUAUCGUUUCUAUGUCUCUCUUAAUAUUUUUUUGUACAUUCGGUCACAAUUAGAAUUAAAAUUACAAUACAACUCUUUAGGUGUAUUGUCUAGCGCCAUAACAAUAGUCUGCAUAAAAUGAAUAGUCUGAACUGUACGUUACCCUAAACACACUAUUCCCGUGUUACAUCAAAAUUUCGACGUCGAAACAAUUUCAAUUUAACAAUUCAAUUUAUAACAAUUUGGAACCCGAACAGUCAAAAAAAUGUUUAUGCAUUUAUAUUAUAUUUCACUUUGUAAGAAUGAAAUCUACGUCACAACAAUUUCACAGAAUUUUGUAGAAAAUUUGUAUCGAGGAAAUAACUUUUUACCAAUUGUCCACUUUCAGACUAUCAAAUCACAGUGAAAAAUAAACAUACGUAAAAUAUGAAAGGACCAAGUACAAAAUGUUGUGAAUUUGCCAAAUAACUUGACGAUAAAAAUUCGGUUGAUAUGCUUGUGUUCGUGCGUAUAAUAAAUAAUAAUGAUAAGAAAUGAAUGAUAGCGUCGUCUUAUUCAAACCAGCAUACCGAACCGAACUUCUUAACACAAGUUUUUCGAAAACGAAUGCAAAAUCGAUAUUCGAACUGCAUUAUUAUUUUCCACCGAAUUCUGCAUGCUCGUUAGAUCACAAAGCGGACCCACAUACUUUGUAUUCAAACAAUGAACUAUUACGUCAGCAAUAAAACAAUUGUCUAGAUAAA